CCCUCGACCCCACCCACACAAGCUCAGACAAAAUAAAGCGCCCUACCAUGAGCAAUUUCUUUCCAGUCACUCCCCACCUUUCAGCGAGCCCACUCGAGUUAAAAAAGCCCCGCAGCUCCGGCUGGGAGCUCAGAGCGUUGAUCGACCAGAGGACGAUGGAUGCCGAGGGAGGUCGCGCGGUCCGACGGAGCAGCAGAGUGGGGAGGCUGGCGAUCGUGGUGGCCGUGCAGAACCUGCUGGUGGUCACCUGCCUGCUGGUCACCGUUUACCUUUACCUUUACCUGGAGUCUCUGGAUGUGCAGCAGCAGCCAGAAGACAUCGUGUACAUACAGUUUGCAGCGCACACAGGCAUAAAAUCAGACACACAUCUGGAGUUGAUGACGUCCAGCGGAAACAAGUUGCAGAACAACAACGGCAACGUCACCAUCAGGUGCACGGGCCCCUACUUGUGGCACAUGCAGGGCUGCUACGAGAACAUGGGCAAGACCACGAACGUCAGCGGGAACCUGACGCUGCUGGUGAAACAGACUCUCCCAGUCAGCUCCAUCGCCAUGGACGCAGCACAAGAUGUGGUCUGCAGGGGGCUCUACAGUAUCGUCUACCUGGUGGCGGAAGAUGUAGCCAGAUUCCGCUUUUCCUCACAAAAGGGGUUUCGGAUGGUUAACGUGAGUAUGGGCCUGAGCUACCUGCUUGGGAAUAAAUGUGAAUACUGACUCCAUCCAAAGAAUAAAUAAAAAUAAAAUAAUUUAAAAAUAAAUAAAUAAUAAUGAUAAUGCUGAAGAGAAGAAGACGGGAUCUGGAUGGAUUAAGAGAAGCGGGACACACGGAGCCAGUGAGGGGGAUUGAUUCCUGCUAAGAGACUGUCUGGUUUUAUUUCCUCUGCCGGAGUCGCUGAGCCUCAUGGUUUGACUGUCGGCAGGAAAUCUCCGUGUCCAAACAAGAGAAAAUCAAUGCAUCUCAGCUGAAGACAUUUAGUCUUAAUUUGUAAUUUAAAAAAGCCUCAAAACAAAACAAAACAAAAAGCUAUUUUUACCUCCUUAACAAAGUGCCUUGUUCUGUAUUUUUAACGUUUUCUUUCUUUGUUCAUUUAUAUUUAAGGCUGGGAAAACAAGCCAUGAAGCUAAUUCUUAAUUUAUCAGCCAUUUUUUUAAUGUUAUUUUUAUUAUUACUAUCAUAGUAAUAAUUAUUAUUUAAUACUCGGACAAAGCAAGGAAUGUCACAGUGUCUUGGUGCUGCGGUGACAGUUUAAUGUCACAACGGCUUUGCGUGACCAACAUGUUGCUCAGCUGGUUCUUCUGCAAGCUAAGAGAAACCAUUUCCAAAAGCUGGUAGUGAUGGUGCGUUUUGGUGUUAUUCCUUUGGUGACUUGAAUGCCAAAUAAUAACUGACUCUCCGUAGUUUUUGCAUAACAUGAAACAGCAGAGCUACCUGACUGUGCAGCUGGGAAACCACGCGGACACUCAUCAGCUCUGCACUGCUGAGGUGCUCCCCGGGUUGUACUUGAUCUUGACUGCUGGAUUGUACCAAAUGAAUGUAUUUUGCUGUCGGUGCACUGAAGCUCCGCUCUGACCCUGUAAGCUUUGCGUGUGGCUCCGGUCCGGCCGGAUCGCUCCACAGUUUUACCUCCAGUAAAGCCGCCGAAACGUCAAACGUUCACGACGGCGACGCCAGGUGGCCCACACCUGACCUGACUCAUCUGCUGCCGGUGUGUCUGUGGGGUGGAAACUAACCUCAGACUCGUAUGAAGUUACAACCGGACUGGCGCACACAAGCCAAAGGGAAAAGGACAGACGGGAGAUGAAUGAAUCUUUUUUUAUUUUUAUUAUUAUUAUUAUUAUUACUGUUGGUCCUUCACUCAUGGUGCACACAUUUGUUUCUUAAGCACUGAAUUAUGGUGUGUUUGUAUGUUUUCUUUAUUAUUAUUAUUAUUAUUAUGAAUGAGGUUGCAGCUCAUCAAUUGAUUGUAUCUUUAUUGUAAAAUGUGAAGCACAUAAGAGGUUUACUGUUGUAUUCAUUCGCUGUUGUGCAAAAACGGGGGAAAAUAAAGCCGAGCUUUAGUUGAAACUA